CAUGUUGGAGCCUUGCUAAGCCCGCCGCGGUGUGUGUUUGUGCCGCUGCCGGUGCCUGUUUCCUGUGCGGGGCGGGGGGCAGGAGGCGGGAGCGGCGCAGAGAGGGGGCAGCGGCGGACCAUGGACGUCGAGAGGCUGCAGGAGGCGCUGAAAGCCCCGCUCGUGCUAGCCUCGUCCUGCCUCCCUGGACGCAGCCGGAGUCCAGCAGUCUCUCUCUCGCGGCUGUAGCCGCUCCAGAGAAGUUGCAAAUCAACUUCGAGUGACUUACUGCCCAUUCCGAUGUAGACGGUUCCCUCCUCAGAAGCAAUUUUGAGAAGAGGGGGAAGAAGGAAGUGUGUCCAGUACUGGAUCAGUUUCUUUGUCAUGUUGCCAAGACUGGAGAGACAAUAUUAUGUGGAAUCCUUUUUCCAGCUGAAGAAGGCUAAAUGUGGCUUCAUCAACUAUCCAGAAUCCUAUAAACCACACCAGAUUCAGUGGCCUCAGUUUAAAGGCUAUUUUAUUUUCAAACUGGAGAAAGUGAUGGAUGACUUCAGAACCUCUGCACCUGAACCAAGAGGCCCCCCUAAUCCCAAUGUGGAAUAUAUUCCCUUUGAGGAGAUGAAGGAACGAAUCCUGAAAAUCGUCACCGGAUUUAAUGGUAUCCCUUUUACUAUUCAGCGACUUUGUGAGUUGCUGACAGAUCCAAGGAGGAACUAUACAGGAACAGACAAGUUUCUUAGAGGAGUGGAAAAGAAUGUCAUGGUUGUCAGCUGUGUAUAUCCAUCUUCAGAGAAAAAUAAUUCCAAUAGUUUAAACAGGAUGAAUGGUGUUAUGUUUCCAGGAAACUCACCAGGUUAUUCAGAGAGAUCUAAUAUAAAUGGUCCUGGAACUCCCAGACCAGUAAAUCGACCGAAGGUUUCCUUGUCAACUCCUAUGACAACAAACGGUUUGCCUGACAGCACGGACAAUAAAGAAUCAAACUUGCAGCAAAAGGAAGAAAAAAACCACAGUGAAUCACCAGCAUCUGAAUCAGAAGGUACUCAAGGCAGUCCUGUAAAAAAUAAGCACCCUGAAGAUGACCCUGUGGAAGCAGAGGGACAUGAAGUAAAAAGACUUAAAUUUGACAAAGAAGCGGAAGCAAGAGAGACAUCUAACCAAACUGCCUCCAGUGAAGUCUCUUCAGUCAUGGCAGAAGAGUCUGAAACAUCUUCUACACCUCAGGAUAAAGAAAAAGAUACUAGCUGUACCAGACAGCAUUGUACAGAGGAAGAGGAAGAAGAGUCCUUCAUGUCCCCAAGAGAUGUUUCUCCAGAAAGAAAAGAUCAAGAAAAAGACACUGAAUCCUUAACUGUGAAUGAAGAGAUCUCCGAGGAGAAUAAUCAAAUGGAGGAAUCUGACCAGUCUCAAGCAGAGAAGGUUUUAUGUUCUGAAGACAGUGAAAAUAGUGGAUCUGUCAUUAGGGGAGCUGACUGCAGUGAAACUGAAGAAUUAGGAUCAUAUGCCAGUGAAACUCCUGAAACUUCAUCAGAGACCCCUAUGGAAAACAGCGAUGAAGCCACAGAAGCUGCAGAAGAACCUAUGGAGCAAGACUAAUAAUUUAAAUACACUUAGAUGCAGUAUUUUCCAUAAGGCUCUGGUUUUACACUGUAUAAAUAAUUUUAUGUAAUAAAGUGGACCUUUAGUUUUACAAGAGAAGCAGGUUGUAAAAUAAACUUCUCCAUGGAUUGAACCCUGAAAGAGUCGUACAUGUUAAGAACUGUGAAUACCAGCUCCUUCAGGUCCUGCUUACCGCUGACUUUUUGGUUUGGUCAAAUCAGUGGUUUGUGUAUAGUUUUUUUUAUUUAGAAUAAAAGUUUUUAAACUGGAAGGUAAUAAUUAUAAUUUUGACAACCUUUUUGGAGAUUACCACAUUUAGUUAUAUGUACGCAAGAAAGCUUUUUGUCUUGUCUUUCUCUGACAGCUAUAGCAGUUACUACAUAUUUUGGUUACAGUUUCAACAUUAACAUGUGAAUUAUAGGGUUUCAUGCUGGUUUCCAGACUUUUAUUUGACUACAUACUAUGGAACCUUAAAUUGUGUGUUUAAAAUGUUACUUUACACACACACAUAUAUAUACACACACACACACUAUUCUAAGGGGGGAAAUGUUAUAUUUUUCUGUUUCUACAAAAGAUGAAUACAAUGUACACUUUUUCUAUUGGAAAAGACUGAGUUCACCUCUCAAGGCAGUUUUUUGCCUCUGAAUAAACCAAAUAAAAUCUGGCCCAUAUGGAACACUGGAAAUCUUAGCAUUGUUGGAAACACCAAGUGAAACACAUUCCAAGAAAACUGUUCAGACUACAACACUUUUAUAUACUUCUGAGGUGCCUGAGUGAAAGGAUUUCAUUUAUUUAUGAGAAAAUGUGCUUUAUGUGGAGGACAGAGUAAUCAAAACUUGAUCUUAAACUUUUGUAGGUGGAAUGUUUGCAAAUCUAAUAACAUCUCAGAAAAAUUGGACAGCUACUUGCCUUUUGAAUGCUUCUCAGAGCAUUGUGAAUAUUACAGAGGAGUUUCUUUCAAAAUUCUAAUGUAGGCAAAUGUCAUUGGUAUGAUACACCACUGUAUUGGAAGAAUUAAUAUAUUACCUUAGUUAUGUACCUGAGCUAAAUGACUAAACGUUUUAGGGGUGCAUAGAAAUCACCAUAAUUUGUAUAACAUUUUGGAAGUGAACUAAAUAUUUUUGAACAUGCUACUUUGACAGCCAGUGUUACAUUUUUUUUUUUCAAGCCAGCUCAAAGCACAACUACUGCUUUAAACUCACAAUGUUUUCAAAUUCCCAUAUUUAAAGACAUGCAAACUGCAACCUCCCAAUCACAAUUACUGGCUGCCAAAUUUAUACCUGUUUCUUCAACUGUAUCUUUUUGAUAUUUAGAGUUUUUAAAUUUCUGUAAAGUAGAUUUUUGUAGAUUGUAAUGAGUGCUCACUGCCAUUGUGAAACGGUAUAUAAUUGUAUAAUUUCUGUGUGUAAACUGAAUGCUUGGGCUUUCAAUACAGUAUUCAUAUAAAGCAAUAAAUAUUAAUGUUAUAAAACAUUCGAGUACAUUUUUAUCACAAUAUGAAAGGAUCCCAUUUUUUAGUUGAUGUUCAGAUUCCUGAAGUACAAAAAUGACCUCCAAAAACGCAUGCUAACAGUUUCUUGUUCUAUGUGGUAUGCUUUAUAUAUACGUUUGGGGAAAUACAGGUUUUGAAUAAUACCAGAAUAAUUUGGCUCAGUUUGUAUAUUUGUAAGGUAAUGUACUACUUACUGACUUUGCUUGCCCAUCAAGUUCAAAGCAGACAGGAUGUAUUCAGGUGAGAGGCUUGUUAAAAAAAUAAAAUACUAAUCCAAAAGGAUUUUUUUUUUGGUUCCCUAGACAGAACAGAAAUCAAACAUUAACAGCUUAUUUUCUUUCAUUGUGCUGAAGGGUUGGAUAUGUAUCAUAAAAAUAAAAGGACUGAACCAAAAUGUUGGAAUUAGGAAAGUUUUUCAAAAAUGACGUAACAUAGUGACAUCUUACCUUUUUUGGAAUUUUUUUUUGGAAAUAUUUUACCAAUGAGAACAAAAUUUUAAAAUUAAGUUGAGAGAUUUCUGAAAUUUUCUUUAGAAUGUUUAUUUGUGAAAAUAUUGUCAAUAAACCUAUUCUUUAAGCACC